UCUACACGUCAGUUCCGGGUCAGCGGGACAGGCGCCGGAAGUGUCUUCAUAGCGGAACGGGCAGCGGGUGCGCGGCCAGUCUCUUGCUGGGCGCAGCGGGCACCAUGGUGGAGGAAGUGCAGAAACACUCUGUGCACACGUUAGUGUUCAGAUCCUUGAAGAGAACCCAUGAUAUGUUUGUGGCUGAUAAUGCAAAGCCUAUACCAUUAGAUGAUGUAAGCCACAAAUUAAAGAUGUCAAUCAAGCUUCGCACAGAUUAUGGUUCUGUGCUGCACAUGCCUAUUCUGAAGGAAAACUUUAGAGAAAAGGAUUCUCCAAAUACAGGGGAUCUCUAUGCACAUAAACAGUAUCCUGCAAAUCAAGGACAAGAACUUGAAUAUUUGAUAACAGGUACACAUCCGUAUCCACCUGGUCCUGGUGUGGCUCUGACAGCAGACACUAAGAUCCAGAGAAUGCCCAGUGAAUCAGCUGCUCAAUCCUUAGCUGUGGCACUUCCUCCUUCUCAGUCUAGGUUAGAGGCAAAUCGUACUGCUGCUGGUGUGGGUGAUAUUUACAGACAUGCUGGGAUUCCGGAGCGUGCACAGCCUCCUGGUUUGUCCAUGGCUCUGAUGGAAGCAGGCGGGAACAAAAAUUCUGCAUUGAUUGCAAAGAAAGCUCCAACAAUGCCCAAGCCUCAGUGGCAUCCACCAUGGAAACUGUACAGAGUUAUCAGUGGACACCUGGGUUGGGUGAGAUGUAUUGCAGUUGAACCAGGAAAUCAGUGGUUUGUUACUGGCUCCGCUGACAGAACUAUAAAGAUCUGGGACCUUGCUAGUGGCAAAUUAAAAUUGUCUUUGACGGGGCACAUUAGUACUGUACGAGGAGUGAUAGUAAGCGGAAGAAGUCCAUACCUCUUCUCUUGUGGAGAAGAUAAACAGGUGAAGUGCUGGGAUCUCGAAUAUAAUAAGGUUAUUAGGCAUUACCACGGUCACCUAAGUGCAGUCUAUGGUUUGGACUUGCACCCGACAAUAGAUGUGCUGGUAACGUGUAGCAGAGAUUCAACUGCACGAAUUUGGGAUGUGAGGACAAAAGCCAGCGUGCAUACAUUAGCGGGACACACAAAUGCAGUAGCAACAGUGAAGUGUCAAGCAGCAGAACCACAGAUUAUUACAGGAAGCCAUGAUACCACAAUACGACUGUGGGACUUAGUGGCAGGAAAAACUCGUGUCACUUUGACAAAUCACAAGAAAUCAGUAAGAGCAGUUGUAUUGCAUCCAAGACAUUAUACAUUUGCAUCUGGUUCUCCAGAUAACAUUAAACAGUGGAAAUUCCCAGAUGGAAACUUCAUUCAAAACCUUUCUGGUCAUAAUGCUAUUAUCAAUACAUUGGCUGUGAAUUCUGAUGGAGUGUUGGUAUCAGGAGCUGAUAAUGGCACUAUGCAUCUUUGGGACUGGAGAACUGGGUAUAAUUUCCAGAGAAUACAUGCAGCUGUACAGCCUGGUUCUUUGGACAGUGAAUCAGGAAUAUUUGCUUGUGCAUUUGACCAGUCGGAAAGCAGAUUGCUCACUGCUGAAGCUGAUAAAACCAUAAAAGUGUACAGAGAAGAUGAUACUGCGACUGAAGAAACUCAUCCUGUCAGCUGGAAACCAGAAAUUAUCAAGAGAAAGCGAUUUUAAUGAGGCAACAUCUGCAUAGUUAUGCUUUCAUUUUGUUUUGGCUUUCCUGAGAGCAUUAUGUUCUGUAUAGAACUGCAGAGCAGGAACUCAGCUAAAGUCAUUGCUGUUUCACCUUGUUUUGCAAUAAAUUUUGUUUCUAUUCGGGGUUUUUUUUGUUUUUGUUUGCGGGUUUUUUGGAAUAAUAGUAAUCCCAGGAAACCAGCUGCAGCUGUUAACUAUUUGACUUUGUUGAGCAUGUAGUUCAUGAAUAGGAUAGACGUGCAGGUGGUAAUUUUAUUAUAUAUUCAUUGUGUGAAAGCUCUGAAGAUAUUUUGUUGAGCCAGUGUUUCUGGAAGACUCUUGUCAUUAGUUCUUGGAGACAAAACAAGUUCUUGGAGUCAAACAUUCUACAGGAUUUUUUUUAGAGAAUGAAAUUUUUAGAUUUUUAGAGCAGUAUUGUUUGCCCCUUAUUACUGUUAAAUUACUCUAUCACUGAAUAAUAAAACCAUCAAUGAGGAGGCAAGACUGUAUGACAAUUAUGAGCUUUGCUUCAUGAAUGUGAGCCACUGAGCAUUGCCAGAAAUUAUACUAUUUGGUGAAACUGAGUUUAAAGUCAAUUUUUUUUUCCCAUUAGAAAAACUUUUACUUUGUACCUAAAAUUUGGGUAGUAAAGUGUGAAAGUAAAAUCUGUUUGGACCAUUACAGUGAAUAUUUUAAUAGUUAUAUUUGAAAGUGUCAUUGUCAAGAUGUUCAGGACCAAAUGACUUGUCUUGUUUAAUUAUAUUUUGUCUUUGUCAGUUAUCAAAAUCAUACAUGAAUCAUCUUAUAAAACUUUUUUAAACUGUUCUUUUGGUGCUAAAACUCUUCUGAAUUAGAUUUGGAGACUGUAAAUCAUAUCUUAAUGUUACAGCUUACCACUGCAUUAUUGAGAGAUUUGUAAUAUUUGAAAAAUAACUUAGUAUUCAUGAAAGGUGAUGAAUUAGUAACCCUAGAAAGGCAAGUCUUUCAUCUGUUUAUAGAACAUGCAAGUGAUGGACAGCAGAAGUGCAAGUGAAUUUGUAUUAUUUUGUCAGUGAGCUCAGUCCUGUUUUGAAAUACAUUCUCCCCUAUACGAAAUUAUUUGUAAUUGACCCUGACCUUGGCCUCAAUCCUUGGUUUUCCAGAUGAUACUGUUAACAAAGACAGUUGUGAUGGUGGUUUUCAUAUUGUGAAUAUGUACCUGUCCAUUAAGAACUUUGCUGUGGCCACUAGUUGGAUAUUAACAACUUCUAGUUGCUGCCAACCUGGCUUUGAUAUUCAAAGCCGUGAACUAUUGGUGAGAGAACUGCCAGUUCCCGGAGCCCUCUGUUUCAGAGAAUUUUUAGUUUUGGGUCUUUUGUAAUGCAAGUAUGUAUGUUAAUACUAUAAGAAUAGUUAAACAUUAUUUAAUGCCGUCUAAAAGAUUUUAGAAGGAACACAGUCUAGUAUACAUCCUUUGCUGAAUACUAUAUUUAAAAAUAAUAGAUUGGAUAGUGUCCUUUUAAAACAAUGCAUGCAGCUUAAAACAAUUGCAGUUUGGUUUAAGACUAUUACCUAAAGUGUUAUGUCCACAAUGUUUUAAACGUAUAAUUGCAAUGAUUUUGUUCAGUUGCUAUACAUCAAGUUUUACUGCCUUUCAGGUCAAGAUAUUUCAAGGUAUGAAAGAAAAAAAAGUUGGGAAAGAGAAGUAGCAUUUUCACAAUUCUUCAAAAGAAGACAUGUUUAAAAGCAAAAAAUCUGAAAUACUGUCAAUAUUAAAUUUUGGGUUAAAGCUGCUUUGAAAAUAUAUGAACACCUAACUUUUAAAGGGAUGCUUCUAAAUAAUCUUUUGAAAUUUGUCUAACUUUUUUAAAAAAUGCAACUUUUGAUAGAACAUCCUGAAUCUUAAAAACAAAACAAGUUCCACCCUCUUUUUCCCGUCUUCACUUUUCUGCACACACCGUGCCUGCAGCCUCUUUUCUGUGCUAUUUGUUUUGUUGCUGAUACUGGUAAACACUCCUUGCAGAGCUUGGGGAAGGGUGUGUAUGUGAACUCCCCUCAGAGCCGUGCCUGAGCAGUCGUUUCAUGCUAGUAUGUAGUGAGGAAAUACAUUAUACCAUCAACAAAUCAUAAAUUUGAUUAUACAGAUAAUUUGGGUCCUUGUAAAAUAUAUGUGAGUGUUAUUAAUAUGUAAAAAGAUUACAUACAGGUAAGUUUUAUAAACAUUUUCAUUAUUUAAAUAUACUUCAAGUGGAAUCCUGACUUAAAAAGUUAAGUAAUCAGCAAAGAUUCAGAUGCAUGUUGCUGUUGGUCAAAAUUACUAACAGUCAGGGUAGUAGGUGCCAAACUAUUUAAGUCAAUAUUAUUUCAUGAGUACUGAAGUUGUGGCACUCUCAAGAACAGCUGUCAGCCAUUGUAACCUCAGUUAUACGGAAAAUGUGUUGUAUUCUUGUGCAUUGUAUUUCUGUAAAUGUAUUAUGACCACAAACUCUUUUGCAUCCCUGAAAUUCACAAGUUUGGCAUCAUGUGUUGCAAAAUAUUCAGGUUGGGAACAAAGCCCUCUUUAGGGAAAAGGAGUAGAGAGAAGUAAUUUUUCCCAAGAAAAUCUUAGGUUACUGUUGAAACACCUUAGUCUCCUUUAUCAGGAUACAUACAUUUGAAGUGAAAAGGUGAAAAAUUAGAGACUUGGGCUCAUGACUCCUGCCUGUCCUUCUGGGUUAGCUCCUUCUUCCUUCCCUUAACAGCUUCUGCCAUUGCACUGCUGUACUACUUUGUGAAGAUGGAUGAAUAAUCCACUGCAGAACCUGUGCUUCUCAUAUGCAGUUUGGCAGGACACCGGUGUCACGGUGAGGCAGCACCAAAGAUUUAAGGUCAUAAUCUCUUUGCAGCAGUGCAUGUACAUAGUUCUCAAUAACGCACAUGGAUUUGGUUUGCAAAUUAAAAGGUAUGUAGUCACUACUGUUCAGCUUUAUAGUUUUCCUUUCUGCUUCUGCAGUACACUGUCCUAGUACUAACUCAGCUCUCCUUGCUUUCUUAUCAUUUUGACAUGUUAAAUUUCUUACCAGCAAUUUCAAUUUUUCUUUUAGUUUUUUCAGUAAUGUAAAUUAUCAUUACACCUGAUUUGCAUUCUAAUUAAUUCUAAUUAAUUAGCUAUAAUACACCAAGUGCAGAUUAAUUCAUUUUUAAAUGUUCCUCUAUUGAAAGGUUAGUUUAAUAAGUAGCUAUAGACAAUUGUAAUGUUCUUCCCUAUAGAGGUACAGUGAGCAUCUUCGUCUUUUUCUUGUACAUCUAAAUAAAUCAUAAGAUAAUAGGGCAAUACAAAAGGAUAAGGCUCAUAGCUUAACUUCCAUGUUGCUGGAAAGUAUCACGCUACAAUUUGUUAUAGUACUUUUGGACUGGAAUCUAAUCUGAUACAUGGAUAAUUAUUGCCAAGUAUCCUGCAAAAUCCAUUAUUGCCCUGUGUGUGUGUAGUAAAACCAUACCCAUUUCUACUCUCAAAAGUUUGUUUUGCUUUUCACUAUACGUAAUUACAGAACAGUGAGAGAAACUGUUUCUGAUUGUAUCAUAAUUGCAAAAUUGUGUAAUUGGUAAGGGUGAUUUUUAUUAUCUUAUGCUGUACAGUAAAGCAUACAGUGUAAAUUAAAGAGCACUAGGAAGUUGUCAUUAGAUGGCAGUAUGAAGGCUGGGGAAAAAGAUUAUGUAUUUUGCCUGAUACAGCAUACAUAAAUGAGUUUUCAAUAAUCUUUCUUUCUUUUUUUUUUUUUGGUCCAGUUCCUCUAGAAAUAAAAUUGCUAUGCCUAACUUUUAAGAGACAGCAAUUUUAUAACCAAUAAAAUUUUUAAUGAAAAAUAAUGGUUAGUCAUUUUUUUCAUA